UGUUUAAUUAUCAUCUCGCGGUGUACUGUUGAAAUAAAACUGCACCAUCACUCGGUGAUAGAUGUACUAACAACUACAUGUGCUGUGGAGUUUUCUGCAUGUAAUUGGGUUUACAACAUCGAGAGCAAGGACCAGUUUACUCGGGGAUUCACGGGAACUUUACAAGAUGAAGUCUUUAAGAUGCUCUCUAGUACUCGUCCUCAUAUUGGGGUGUGCAUUGGUUGUGGACAGCACGACUACAUCAAAGCCAGUCACAGGGACCACUAAACCAAUAGCUCCAUCUACAGCCACUACAGCUGGGACCACAACAAAAGCUACUCAACAACAAACCACAUUGGCAAAAGUUACCACAAAACAACCAGCAGCCAAGACGACCUCUGCAAAAGAGACCACAAAUCAACCAACUACAGCAAAAGUUACCACCAAUCAACCAACUACAGUUAAAGUCACUACCCAACAACCAACCACAGCCAAGACGACCACAGCAAAAGCUACUACCCAACAACCAACCACAGCCAAAGUUACCACAAAACAGCCAUCAGCCAAGACGACCUCUGCAAAAGAGACCACAAAUCAACCAACUACUGCAAAAGUUACCACCAAUCAACCAACUACAGUUAAAGUCACUACCCAACAACCAACCACAGCCAAGAUGACCACAGCAAAAGCAACCACUGAGCAGCCCACCACAGCAGUCAACAUGACCACAGCAAAUCUAACCACCGAACAACCAAGCACCGAUAACAUGACAACCUCACCCUCAAACACAACUGGAAAUGUGACCACCAUGGUUUGGACAACUAUGAACGGCACUACAGCGAGCACAACACUGGAACCCAAGACCGCCUCUCCUGUUACCAAACCCACCCCCUCCCCUAGUAAUAACACUGGGAUGGUAGUGGGCAUCGUUGUAGGAGUAAUCGGAGGUGUAGGUAUCAUCAUUGGGGUCGCUGUUUACAUUGUCAAGAAGAAACAACGAAAUGUCGCAUACGGGAACCUCGAGUGAAUG